AUGGCGGGGGUGUUCGACAUCGACCUGGAGACCGAGGAGGGCAGCGACGGGGACGAGCCCGAGCUGGGCGCCGUUUCCAGGGAUGGCUCAGGGGGUCCAACUCGGGCUCUCUUUGCAGGUGGAGAGCUCUUCAUGCAGCUGGAGCGAGAGGGAAUCUUCCUGGAGGACACGGCCUGUUUCUACCUGAGCGAGAUCACGCUGGCUCUGGGUCACCUGCACUCCCACGGGAUCAUCUACCGGGAUCUCAAGCCGGAGAACAUCAUGCUCAACAGCCAAGGGCACAUCAAGCUCACGGAUUUCGGGCUGUGCAAGGAGUCGAUCCACGACGGAGCCGUCACCCACACCUUCUGCGGCACCAUCGAGUACAUGGCCCCCGAGAUCCUGGUGAGGAGCGGGCACAACCGGGCGGUGGACUGGUGGAGCCUGGGAGCCCUGAUGUACGACAUGCUCACCGGAUCGCCCCCGUUCACCGCCGAGAACCGCAAGAAGACCAUCGACAAGAUCCUCAAGGGCAAACUGGUGCUGCCGCCCUACCUGACCCCCGACGCCCGCGACCUCCUCAAGAAGUUCCUCAAGCGAAACCCCAGCCAGCGGGUGGGGGGGGGCCCGGGGGACGCGGCCGACGUGCAG